CUGACUCAGGCGUCGUAGAACGCAGUCCCGUACGCUGGAACGUGCGGAGACAGGCGCAGGCGCAGUGGUCGCAUAGAGACGUGGCGCAUGCGCAAUCGUGUAUCCGUGCGAUGGACGGGCUCUUGACGGCGGUGCAAUGGCUGCCUGCGAGGGCAGGAGAAGCGGAGCUCUCGGUUCCUCUCAGUCGGACUUCCUGACGCCGCCAGUGGGCGGGGCCCCUUGGGCUGUAGCCACCACCGUAGUCAUGUACCCACCGCCGCCGCCGCCGCCUCAUCGGGACUUCAUCUCGGUGACGCUGAGCUUUGGCGAGAGCUAUGACAACAGCAAGAGUUGGCGGCGGCGCUCGUGCUGGAGGAAAUGGAAGCAACUGUCAAGAUUGCAGCGGAAUAUGAUUCUCUUCCUCCUUGCCUUUCUGAUUUUCUGUGGACUCCUCUUCUACAUCAACUUGGCUGACCAUUGGAAAGCUCUGGCUUUCAGGCUAGAGGAAGAGCAGAAGAUGAGGCCAGAAAUCACUGGGUUGAAACCAGCAAAUCCACCUGUCUUACCAGCUCCUCAGAAGGCAGACACCGACCCUGAGGACUUCCCAGAGAUUUCAUCGCAGAAAUCACAAAGACGCGUCCAGCGGGGACCACCUCACCUGCAGAUUAGACCCCCCAGCCAAGACCUGAAGGAUGGGACGCAGGAGGAGGCCAUGAAAAGGGAAGAAGUCCCUGUGGGCCCCCGCCCGGAAGGAGACCCACAGCGGACGGUCAUCAGCUGGAGGGGAGCGGUGAUCGAGCCUGAGCGGGGCACCGAGCUCCCUUCAAGAAAAGCAGAAGUGCCCACCAAGCCUCCCCUGCCACCGGCCAGGACACAGGGCACCCCAGCGCAUCCAAACUAUCGCCAGAAGGGCGUGAUUGACGUCUUCCUGCACGCGUGGAAAGGAUACCGCAAGUUUGCGUGGGGCCACGACGAGCUGAAGCCUGUGUCCAGGUCCUUCAGCGAGUGGUUUGGCCUUGGUCUCACGCUGAUCGACGCACUGGACACCAUGUGGAUCUUGGGUCUGAGGAAAGAAUUUGAGGAAGCCAGGAAGUGGGUGUCGAAGAAGUUACACUUUGAAAAGGACGUGGACGUCAACCUGUUUGAGAGCACGAUCCGCAUCCUGGGGGGGCUGCUGAGUGCCUACCACCUGUCUGGGGACAGCCUCUUCCUGAGGAAAGCUGAGGAUUUUGGAAAUCGGCUAAUGCCUGCCUUCAGAACACCAUCCAAGAUUCCUUACUCAGAUGUGAACAUCGGCACUGGAGUCGCGCACCCGCCACGGUGGACCUCCGACAGCACGGUGGCCGAGGUGACCAGCAUUCAGCUGGAGUUCCGGGAGCUCUCCCGCCUCACAGGGGCUAAGAAGUUUCAGGAGGCCGUGGAGAAGGUGACGCAGCACAUCCACGGCCUGUCUGGGAAGAAGGAUGGGCUAGUGCCCAUGUUCAUCAACACCCACAGCGGCCUCUUCACCCACCUGGGCGUGUUCACACUGGGCGCCAGGGCCGACAGCUACUAUGAGUACCUGCUAAAGCAGUGGAUCCAGGGCGGGAAGCAGGAGACACAGUUGCUGGAAGACUACGUGGAAGCCAUUGAGGGGGUCCGGACACACCUGCUGCGGCACUCUGAGCCCAGUAAGCUCACCUUCGUGGGGGAACUUGCCCACGGCCGCUUCAGUGCCAAGAUGGACCACCUGGUGUGCUUCCUGCCAGGGACGCUGGCUCUGGGCGUCUACCACGGCCUGCCCGCCAGCCACAUGGAGCUGGCCCGGGAGCUCAUGGAGACUUGUUAUCAGAUGAACCGGCAGAUGGAGACGGGGCUGAGUCCUGAGAUCGUGCACUUCAACCUUUAUCCCCAGCCGGGCCGUCGGGACGUGGAGGUCAAGCCGGCAGACAGGCACAACCUGCUGCGGCCAGAGACCGUGGAGAGCCUGUUCUACCUGUACCGCGUCACAGGGGACCGCAAGUACCAGGACUGGGGCUGGGAGAUUCUGCAGAGCUUCAGCCGGUUCACGCGGGCCCCGUUUCAGGUCAUGCCCUCCACGUUGGAGCCAGAUGAGGCCUGAGUCACCUCCUGGCUCUGCUGUCACCUUGGUCGGAGGCCCCUGCUGCCUCAGCUCCCACCGUCUGCCCUGUGUCCUGUGAGGCAGCUGUGAGGCCCUGAGCACAGGUUCUGGGGGAGGCGGUGUCUGUCGCGGUCACUUGAGGGUUGUUGGCGUCUCCAGGUGGGCUCUGGUGGAACCACAGCUCGCCCGGGGGUGGCCACCGUCGAGGCACCCUCCACCCCGAGCCUGCGCUGGGGGCCGCGUUCACCGUGAGGUGGAGGGUGCUUCGGUGAUGAGGCUGAGGGGGUUGCGGGUUGCCCCCGUCUGGUGACGAGGCCCUGGCUAUGGCGCAGGUCCCCUCGGGCGGCUAUUCUUCCAUCAACAACGUCCAGGACCCUCAGAAGCCCGAGCCCAGGGACAAGAUGGAGAGCUUCUUCCUGGGGGAGACUCUCAAGUAUCUGUUCUUGCUCUUCUCUGACGACCCAACCCUGCUCAGCCUGGACGCCUACGUGUUCAACACCGAAGCCCACCCGCUGCCCAUCUGGACCCCUGCCUAGAGGGGGCGGCUGCUGGCGCGGGGACUUCGGGUGGGCGGAGGCGCCUGGCUGGGUCUGUGGCAUUUUCCAAAGGCCCACGUGCUGCCGGCAGCCACUGAGUGGCCCGGGCUCUGAGCUGGCUCUGGGCUCCCCUCGUCUCUCUUUCAUCAGGACACCGUGAGGCUGAGUGAGAGCCGCAGUCUUUGUGUGGGGCGGGGUGGGCCGGGCCCCUGCAGCCUCUGCCUGCCUCCUCCAGAAAACACGAAUCAUGACUCACGAUCACUGAAGCCUGAGCAGGUCUCUGUGGGCCGACCACAGUGGGCUUCGAGGUGGUCCCUGGUACUGUGGUGACCGAGUGGACAGCCCAGGGUGCAGCUCUGCCCAGGCUCGUGAAGCCUCAGAUGUCCCCAACCCAAGGGUCUGCAGGGGCUGCUGUGACCCCACAGGCCCGAGGCUCCAGGGCUGGCUCUGGUGUUUACAAGCUGGACUCAGGGAUCCUCCUGGCCGCCCCACAGCGGGCUUGGAGGGCUGGACGGCAAGCCCAUCUGGCUCACAGGCCCCUCCAGUGGAAUGGGUCUUUUCGGUGGAGAUAAAAGUUGAUUUGCUCUAA